GCUCGUGGUCGGUGAUGAGAAUCAGCGAGGUUCUUCAUCGGAGGUUUGUGGCUCCCAUGAUGGGCCAGUCUUCCUCGGCAAAUGUGGUGGAGCAUGGAACCGUCAGACAAGCUAUGUCAAGCUGGACAGCGCAGCCAAGUUUGAUUACGAGGCCUGUUGGCAAGUGCAGCAGGCGAUGGUUGAGAGGGAUUCGGAGGUGAAAGAUUUGAGGGCGCAGAACGAAGAGCUGAAGACUGCUUUACAUUCCUCGGCUCAGCUGUUGAAUGAAGUGAUGACGGCGGGUGGUUGUGGUGGUGGCGGACCUCCUUCCUUGCAGGCCCUAAGGGAACCUCCUGGCUUAGAACCGGGAGGUAAUCUUCGUGGUGGUGAUCGAGGUGCUAACGUACCACCUGAGGCUCCUCCCGGUGAAGAAGGAAGCUCUUCGGUAUUUGGCAGCAAUCCCUGGCUGAGGGGAAGAGCAGAGGGCCCAACCCGUGGUGCGGCUAGUGGACUGCCAGAUCGCUCCGGUGUAAAAGGGGGCAAUCCAGUGAAUGGGGGCUCAAUGAAGCAAGGAGUUCCUCAGUUUGGACCUUUGGAGGACUCACGGAUGCGCGAGGCCGAGGAUGGGGGACAAGGUUCUCCGCUUGAGCUCCUGAUUCAGGGUAUGAGACAGCUGCAGCAGGUUUACAUGGACAAGCGAACGAGUGGCGAGGCUGAGAACCUCAAGGGUGUCAGUGAGCUGGCUCCUCUUCCUGAACUCGGUGGCGACACAGGUGUGGAGUUCAGCGAUUGGCUGUAUGUGGCGGAGCAAGCUAUUGGGGCGAUGUCAGACUCGGCAUCGCUAUGGUUUGAAAGAACUUUGGGUGCAGCUCGAGAGGCGUAUGCGCGCUACCAGAUCGCGAGCCCCCUGGAACGCUUGGCGAUCGCCCCAAGGGUGGCACCGGAGCUGCUGGAACUCAAGUGGGUGAGACUGGAUCGCAAGGUCAUGACCCUGGUGCUGAAUGCUAUGCCGAAAAUGGUAAAGGAAGAUGCUGUUACGCACAGGGUUACUUCGGUGGCCAUGGCUUUGUACAGACUACAUGUUCUGUAUUCCCCAGGAGGCACAGCAGAGCGAGCGGCCAUCCUCAAGCACUUAGAGGGUGCAUCAGCGGGGGAGAGUAUUCCGGAAGUGAUUGCAGCCCUCCGGAAAUGGCGUCGUUUCCUUACACGAUCGGCUGAGAUGCAAUUGACGGCGCCCGACCCCAGCAUCCUUCUCAGAGGCGUUGAGACCAUCAUCGCGGCCUGCGUGCAGAAGCAUGGGGAGAUGAGCUUUCGGCUAUCCCUAGCAAGAAACGAGCUCCAACUGCAGAACCGCCCCACCAACGAGACUGUGCUGAGGUUUUACGACCAUGCUCUUGCGGAAAUGCAGCAGGCCUUGCCGGCGAAAUGGGCCACCAAGCCUGCAGAGCCGCCGAGAAUCAAGGCCAUUGGAGCAGGAACCGGGGAGGCCUCUUCUACCUCGAGUCCUACGGCAUCCCCGAACAAGGGCACAAGAGGGGCGGCUUCUACCACUCCGUGCAAAUUCUUCCUCAGCGAGGCGGGAUGUCGACGAGGGCAACAAUGCAAGUAUCACCAUGAGUUUGCCAACAGAGAUGAGAAACGCUCGCGGUGUUGGACGUGCGGGUCGAAGCAACACAGGCAAUCAGAGUGCCCUACUCGGGAUGGGACCAAGAAUGCCAAGGACAAGCCGGGUGGAGGGAACAAUGGGCCCAAGGCAGCCGCGAUUGCUGCAGGUCCGCCUCUACAUGAACCAAAGGCGACUACCCCGACGCCCUCGCCAACAGCGACUCCAACUACCGCCACAACGAGCUCUAUGGCAAACGGCGAGGCGGCCCAGAGUGUUGUGCAAGCGGAGCCGGUGAUGAGCGGACAAGGCGAUGCGGUGCAAUCUCCGGAGUUUCAAACGUUUAUGAAGGAGGUGAACACUAUGUUGCAAAGGAUGACCAGGUUGAACAUGUUGGACGCUAGGCCGCAGCUCAACUUGGAGCUCUCCAAGAUGGACAAGCAGAUGGCCUCCUUUGGCGAGCACUUGGAACCUGUAGCAUUGCUUGACUCGGGUGCCACUCACCCCUUCCGACGGCUUCUUCCUGAACGAGAAGAAGAACUCCACCCUGUUCAAGUGCAACUUGCGGACGGCAAGGCCAUAACCUUGCAGCAGAACAGGGCAGGUACAUUGAUGCCAGCUAAGGGUGCCCAAGCUCAGGAGGAGGGUGCGACUACGAUUGUGCCGUUAGGUGAGACACAAGCCCUCGAGCUGAUUGGUGAAAUAGAAGCACGAAAACUGGAACAGCUUAAGUUGAACACCGUGCAGACGCAGCUCAGAAUGAUUGGCAUGGAGGCGGAGGUGAGCCAUGAAGCACGAGUCGCUGAGUACAGGCGAACGGGCUCUCGAUCAGAGGGUCUGAAGGCACUCAUGGCCAAGGACUCGGUGUUUGGUGAGCUCUCUGAGGCGCAGCGAUGUAUGCUGGUGCAAGAUGUUGACUUGAGCGAUGAAGCUGGCAAACGCUACCUCAAGGCUCUUCCCCUCAAGCGAGCUAUGCGACGGAGGCUGUUGACCACCAG